AUGGGGAGUAAGGAGGAGGAAAUAACGCUAACAACAAACAAGAAAACAUACGAAACAGACAGUACAAGCAACAGACAAAACAAGACAGACAGAAAACCAGUUGAAAAUAGGGGAGCUGCCUUGGUACGUUUAAAGAGACCUUUGCCAAAGGAUGCAUAUUCAGACUGUGUUAAACUGUUCUCAAGAAAUGAUCAGGUUGAUGAUUUUAACAGACAAUCCAUUGUUGAAUUUCCUGGUCAGUUAUAUGAAUUUAAGUCUGAUGAUGAAGGUGACCUGAAAUAUUUGAACAAAAUACUAGCUCCAGAAACUCUAUGGUUGAAGAUAGCAGCACCUGUCAUAUUACUGCGAAAUUUAUCUGAUAGACUGGUGAAUGGAUUACGAGGAAAUAUAUAUGACAUUACAGACAGUGGCCCAAUAGUGGAGUUUCCCUCUUUAAAUUUAAAGAUGCCAUUAGAAAAAGUUCGUUUUUCAGUUUUCAGUCCAACCAGAAAUACUGAAAUUGCUGUGCGGAUGCAGUAUCCAGUCAAGCUGAGUUUUGCAAUGAGCAUACAUAAAUCACAAGGACUGACUAUUGACUGUUUGGAAGUUGACUGCCGUAAUAUCUUCAAGCCGGGACAACUAGGGGUAGCACUUGGUAGAGCGCGUUCCUCAAAGGGCUUAAGAGUUAUUAACUUCAAACCGCAGCUAUGUGUCAUCCAACAGCCUGAAGUUGUGAGGAACUUUCUAAGUAGAGAUUCUACUGAAUUGUUAGAGGACAAAACUUGUUGCAGCCAAAAGUUAGAAAGUUCAGAGCAAAGGUUAGUUCAAACUGCCCACUGCCAGUCUACUGAGAAAACUGAAGAAAAAUUACAAGAAACAGAACAGGACAUACCUAUUGAUUUAUAUGAGGAUGAUGCUGAGGAAUUUGACAAAGAGUUUGAUGACAUUAUUUCCAUGAUAACAGUGGCUCAAAGUGAACCCGUAACUCUUCCUAGUGACCUUAAUUUGGAUUUGAUCCUCAGUAGUCUGAAGUGUGAAAAUGUUAAGACUAUAAUGCAGGAAAAUACCAAUUAGA